CAUAGCGGUAUUUGAAUGACUGUGGAUUGGUUCUUUGACACUUUUCACUUGGGCUUUUUGCCGAUUAUAGCUGGCUAUCUAGCUGCGUUGGUUUUAACCAAGCGUGACGAUGUCAUUAGAAGUUCGUUCUGCGUAGUUAAGGAACGCAGACAACCCAACACUAAUGGGAAAAGCAAACGUAGCUGGACCAGGAAGGGCUGUGCUUGGAGAGCUGUCCAACUUUCCCAAUGCUUGCAAAGCGGUGCCGUUCAAGAAGACCGUUCCUGCCAAGACCUCAACCAAACAAUCUAUGAACCAACAAGACCAGCGAACAGCUGUUUGGCCUCAAGUUCCUCAGCCUGAAGUGUAUGCUAACGUGUCCAUGAAGGAAGAGGAAUUGUGCCAGGCGUUCUCAGAAGCUCUACUUGCUGUAGAAGACAUUGAUGAAGGGGAUUCAGACCUGCCACAACUGUGCUCUGAAUAUAUAAAGGAUAUCUAUGGAUAUCUGCAGCGCCUUGAGACCCAGCAGUCUGUUCGGGCCAAGUACAUGAGUGGCUAUGAGAUCAAUGGGCGCAUGCGUGCUCUCCUGAUUGACUGGCUGAUUCAGGUGCACUCCAGGUUCCAGCUAUUGCAGGAGACUCUCUAUCUGACGGUGGCCAUCCUGGAUCGCUUUCUUCAGGUGCAUACUAUUGGCCGCAAGAAGCUCCAGCUGGUUGGUGUGACUGCCAUGUUGUUGGCGUCCAAGUAUGAAGAGAUGUAUUCCCCGGAGAUAGGCGAUUUCGUUUACAUCACAGACAAUGCAUUCACCAAGGCCCAUAUUCGGGAGAUGGAGCAGCUGAUUCUGCAGAGUCUGAACUUUGAGCUUGGACGGCCUCUACCCCUGCACUUCCUCAGGAGAGCCUCCAAGGCUGGCAAUGCUGACAUUGAGAAGCACACAUUAGCCAAGUACCUCAUGGAACUGACCCUCCUUGACUAUGACAUGGUGCACUACCAUCCUUCUGAGAUUGCUGCUGCUGCCUUGUGCCUCUCCCAGCUGCUGCUUGAUGAGCUCAACUGGACUCCAACACAGGAGCACUACUCUACCUAUAAUGAGAACCACCUCAAGCCAAUCAUGGAGCACAUUGCCAAAAACAUAGUUUCUGUCAAUGAAGGGCGAACAAAGCUUCAGGCUGUCAAGAACAAGUAUUCAAGCAGCCGACUUAUGAGGAUCAGCCUCAUCCCUCAGCUGAAGUCUACCUUUGUAAAUUACAUGGCUGCUGCUCUGCUCCCAUAACGUGAAUGCCGACCAAGUCUGCUGCACUUUAUUUUUAAGAAAAUCCAUUGUGAGAUGGCCUUUUGAACUGCUGCUUUUAAGUACAUGUAAAUAUUUAACUUUUUACAAAUAAACCUUGUUUUGAACCCUUUUAAAUAUAA